AUGGAAUUGCAGUCCGCUGCCAGGCUUCCUCUAGACAAUAAUCCAGUCGACCUGCCAGGUGAAGUCGACUGGAGCAAAUGUAUUAUCUGUCAAGAAAACAAGUUGCCGAAGAAAACGUUUCCGUUAUCAAAAGGAAGCGCUGCAGGUGUAUCCAGGAUUUUGUAUUGUGCUGAGAUCAGAGAAAAGUAUGGUGAUGAUAAGCAAAAGAAUUACUCGAGUAUAGUAGAUAACUUAAAGACGAAGGAAGAGAACCAAGAUGUUGUGUGGCACAGGUACUGCUACAGUGAUUUCACUAGCGAAGGGCACAUCAAGCGUGUUCUCAAGAAACAAGAGUCUGAGAGUAAACCAGACGGAAAGGACGCGCCGGCUAAUGAACCUUCUAGGCGAUCAUCAGUUCGAAGAAUCGACUGGGGUAAAUGUAUCUUUUGCCAGACUGACGUGAAAAAAGUCGCCUUAAACCAAGUUCAGACUUUUCAAACAUCACAAAAAAUUCUUUUGAAUGUAGCAAGUGAUAGAGAGUUGAGCUGUACGCUAGCCGGAGUUAGUGAUUUAAUAGCUGCCGAAGGAAAAUAUCACCUCAAGUGCUACGCGCGCUUCCUAAGAAACACGGAAAGAAACGCACAGUGUAGUGAAACUGAUGAUGCCAAUAGAUGUUUCGAGGAGGUAAUGACUUUGCUUAGGGAGAGGCUUUCUCAAGGCCAUAUUUUGUCCCUCAAAGCUGUUUGGACAUACUUUUCUCAUCAACUUGAAGAAAAGUAUCAACUCUCUCCGGGGGAUUACAGGAGCAACAGAUUUAAAGAAAGGAUUCAGGCUUUUCUUGGUGAGGACAUCGCGUUUGUCUCGCCGUUAAACCCCUCUGAGCCCCACUGAAUCGUCUAUGCAAAUCUAGGGGAAGCUGCUCUGCGUUCUCUGCUAACAAUUCCUAUAAAUGAAUCAGACGAAGACGAUCUCAAUGGCGAUGCCACAGAGGAUGUUGAUCUGGAUGCAGAGUUGUUAAGUUGGCUGUACCGCGUGGCAGUUAAAGUGCAUCAUGACAUCAAGAUCUCGCCGAACCAUGAUUGUAUUGGAAAAAUCAGCAAGGCAAUUGCAGAGGAAAUUGUUCCAGAAAGUCUCUUCAUGUUGAUAUCACUGUUGUGCUCUGGCUAUCAAGAGGAGUUUCAGGAAUCGCACGAUGACGUGAAAACCGGUAUUCUGAGUAUAUGCCAAGAUAUAAUAUUUCUUUCUUCUAGAGGGCAUAAGUUAACUCCUAAGCAUGUUGGAAUAGGCCUUACCGUUCACCAGGCAACUAGAUCUAAACAACUGGUACAGCUUUUGCACGCUGCCGGCCAUUCAGUUAAUUACGAAACUGUCCUCAGAAUGGACAAUACCAUCGCAAAUGAUGUCCUUGAAAGGUACAGGGAAAGCGGUAACGUGUUUGUUCCUCGUAACUUCACUGGAACCACAGAUCCUGCAGGCUACACUCGCUUUGCUGUAGAUAACAUAGACAUAAACGAAGAAACACUCAAUGGCAUGAGCACAUUCCACGCGACGCAGGUUGCCGCUUUUCGUCGAAAAGAGGAAGGAGAAUCAGCAAUGGAUAUCGAACUGUCUCCUAAGUCAGAAAGGCGACUGGAUGUUCAAGUGCCAUCAGAACUUCCUGAGCUAGCCGAUUUGUCGUUGGACAACAAGAAACCAGAACCUGAACUACAGACGACAGUAGUUUCUGAGUGGUACACACCUGACAGCAGUCUAAUUGAUGAGUGUUACAAGAAGGACCUAGCUUGGAUCCUUGGUCGUUUGCAUGAGCAAAAACCUGAACUCCAGUCAAUACCAGGGUGGUUUCAACCAGCUUUUGUCGACUGUAAAACCACAAGUCACAGUGGUGGGUCCACUUCCCAUUGUGAAUGCUCCAGCUCAUGA